CCAGGCUUGUUAAUUGACCCAGGCCCACCCUUUUGGUUUUUGCUGCCCAUCGGACACUGCCGCUCCCCUCAUCCCUCAGGUUGGGGCGCCACGCUUGGCUUCACCACCACCACCACCACCACCAUGUGGCACGAAGCUCGGAAGCAUGAGCGCAAGCUUCGCGGUAUGAUGGUGGACUACAAGAAGAGGGCCGAGCGGCGUAGGGAGUACUAUGAGAAAAUUAAGAAGGACCCAGCUCAGUUCCUGCAGGUGCAUGGCCGAGCCUGCAAAGUGCACCUGGAUUCUGCUGUGGCCCUGGCUGCCGAGAGCCCUGUGAACAUGAUGCCCUGGCAGGGUGACACCAACAACAUGAUUGACCGCUUCGAUGUCCGCGCCCACCUGGACCACAUCCCCGAUUACACCCCCCCACUGCUCACCACCAUCUCCCCAGAGCAGGAGUCGGAUGAGCGGAAGUGCAACUACGAGCGCUACCGAGGCCUGGUGCAGAACGACUUCGCGGGCAUCUCGGAGGAGCAGUGCCUGUACCAGAUCUACAUUGAUGAACUGUAUGGUGGCCUGCAGAGGCCAAGCGAGGAUGAGAAGAAGAAGCUGGCAGAGAAGAAGGCUUCCAUCGGCUACACGUACGAGGACAGCACGGUGGCUGAGGUGGAGAAGGUGGCUGAGAAGCCGGAGGAGGAGGAGUCCCCGGCUGAGGAGGAGAGCAACUCGGAUGAAGAUGAGGUCAUCCCCGACAUCGACGUGGAGGUGGACGUGGAUGAGCUGAACCAGGAACAGGUAGCGGAUCUCAACAAACAAGCCACCACCUACGGCAUGGCCGAUGGCGACUUCGUCAGGAUGCUUCGGAAAGACAAGGAGGAGGCGGAGGCCAUCAAGCACGCCAAGGCCCUGGAGGAGGAGAAAGCCAUGUAUUCGGGCCGUCGCUCCCGGCGCCAGCGGAGAGAGUUCCGGGAGAAGCGGCUGAGGGGGCGUAAGAUCAGCCCGCCCAGCUACGCCCGCCGAGACAGCCCCACCUAUGACCCCUAUAAACGGUCGCCCUCGGAAUCCAGCUCUGAGUCCCGCUCGCGCUCGCGCUCCCCGAGCCCGGGGCGGGAGGAGAAGAUCACCUUCAUCACCAGCUUCGGGGGCAGCGAUGAGGAGGCGGCCGCGGCGGCAGCCGCAGCUGCCGCAUCUGGGGCCGUCCCCGGGAACCUUGGGUUGCUAGGGAACCAGUCCGAGUCCUUGUGUGCUAGGUCUGCAAACCUCUACUGCUAUCCUCCCAUUGGCCUAUCACCCGGAACAAUGCAGUCGCCACCUGCCAUCCCUGUGCCUGUGCCUGUGAUCCGGCUUCCCCGGGGUCCUGAUGGCUUCAGCCGUGGAUUUGCCCCUGAAGGACGCAGGGUCCCCCUGAAGUCUGGUAGUUCUGAACUCCAAGAAAGUCCUAUGAGCGAAGACUCUCCAGAAACCCAGGAGCAGCGAGCCCGGGCCACACUCCGGGAGCGCUACCUUCGCAGCCUGCUGGCCAUGGUGGGCCGCCCAGUGAGCUUCACCCUGCACCAGGGCGUGCUCGUGGCUGCCCAUUUUGGAGCCACUGACCUGGACGUGGCCAACUUCUAUGUGUCGAAGCUGCAGACUCCCAUAGGUGUGCAGGCUGAGGCAUUGCUUCGUCCCUUCAAGAUCACAAUGCAGACGAAGCCCUUCUUUGCCACGGGGAACGGGACCUUCGGGACCUUCGAACGCCGCCGCCGCCGCCGCCGCCCGUCCAUUCACAGCAUCUGCGGCGAGGCCCCGCCCAGCGGCCGGGGGGGCCUCGUUCACGGCGUAAUUCGCCCCGCCCCUUGUUCACGUUGCCAUGGCAGCAGCCGAAUUGGCCGUACCCAAGCGUGUUUUGUAUUUUCCCAAUCGGAUUUGACACUGCUCGCCGAGCGGUUUUUCUCGCUGCAGUUAGUUCCGGCGCCGCAGAUUCGCUACUCGGGUUUCUCUGGUGUCGUGGCUUUUCCUCUCGCCCGCGGCCCCGCUCUUCCGUACCGCCCGCGAGACGAUCGUGUCCUCAAAGAAGCGGAAUACACUUCCCCCCUUUCUUCCCACGCCGCGGGCCCUGAGGCCUUUUCGCGAAACCGCCGCUCUUCCUCCUCCUCCUCGUCCUCAGCCUCGAGGACCUCCAGCUCCCGCUCCAGCUCCCGUUCCAGCUCCCGCUCCCGUCGCGGUGGGGCCCACUACCGCACCAGCCGCCACGCACACUCCCGCUCUCGCUCCUGGUCCCGCUCCCGAUCGCGUUCCCGGCGCUACUCCCGCUCCCGCAGCCGCGGCCGGCGCCACUCCGGUGGGGGCUCCCGCGAUGGACACCGCUACUCCCGCUCACCCGCCCGGCGUGGCGGCUACGCACCCCGCCGCAGAAGCAGGAGUCGCUCCCGCUCUGGAGACCACUACCGGCGGGGGGCCCGGGGCCCCCGGCACCACAGCAGCAGCCGCAGCCGCAGCAGCUGGUCCCUCAGCCCAUCCCGCAGCCGCAGCCUGACCCGCAGCCCCAGCCACAGCCCCAGCCAGCCCCACAGCCGCAGCCCCAGCCGCAGCCGCAGCCACUCGCCUUCGCCCCCGAGGGAGAAGCUGACCCGGCCAGCAGCGUCCCCCGCUGUGGGCGAGAAGCUGAAAAAGACUGAACCUGCCGCUGGUAAAGAGACAGGAGCUGCCAAACCCAAGCUGACGCCGCAGGAGAAACUGAAGCUGAGGAUGCAGAAGGCACUAAACCGGCAGUUCAAGGCGGAUAAGAAGGCGGCCCAGGAGAAGAUGAUUCAGCAGGAGCACGAACGCCAGGAACGGGAGGACGAGCUGCGCGCCAUGGCCCGCAAGAUCCGCAUGAAGGAACGGGAGCGUCGAGAGAAGGAGAGGGAAGAGUGGGAACGCCAGUACAGCCGCCAGAGCCGCUCACCCUCGCCCCGCUACAGUCGAGAAUACAGCUCUUCCCGGAGGCGCUCCCGGUCCCGCUCCCGCAGCCCGCACUACCGCCACUAGGCAUAAGAGCCCAGCGUGCGGGGUCACGGGUGGCCGAGCUGCCGUUGCUCUCUAGUGAAAUAAAAGUAUA